AACGUCAAAUUCGUCAAAUCUCUAGUACGAUAAAAAUCGUUUCGGACGUAAAAUCGUUUUCGAAAACUUAACUUAAAGCAGAGCCGUUUGACUGGUGGCAUGUCCAGGAUGGAUCGAGGGCUAAGCAGCUGCUGGUUGAUUCCUGAUGGCGGAGGGCUAAGCAAUGGCCACGACCCGAGAGUCGUUCGACGAAAUUACCGACCGAACCCCCAAAGCAGUCGUCAUUCCCUCUUCUCGAAAUAGACGAUGUUGUCACAAUAUAAACCUGGAGGAUCAUAGGAGCCCGAAUGAUUAGAGUUGAGAGAUGCCUGCACCACCACCACCACUUCCUCGUCGAACCCAACAGAAUAGAGAUAGAUGGAGAGAGUAGAUGAUCCGGGUCGCACGAGGACGCGGGGGAGAAGAGGCAAAGGAAGGAAGAAUGGAAGAGAACGGAAGGCGAGGCACGUUUGCCUCUCCGUUCGUCGCUGCUUCCAUACCUUCUCUGGCGCUUCCCGUGUACAUGCAGCCAAUCGAUUGCAGCCACGUGGAAGGCAAAGCAAGGAGCGAGGAGGAGGACGAGGCCCCUCUUUCGGCUCUCUCACACCCUCCCACACGCACAGGGAGAAAGCAGGAGAGAGGGAGAGAGCCAUGGCCACACCAUUGCCGCGUAGCCGUUCCACUUCUCGCAGAAGCACCGGCCGCCUCCGCUUCUCCUUUCACCCCUGCUCCUCCCGCUUAGCCCUCCUUGCUCUCUCCUCCUCCCUCCUCCUCUGCUUCCACAUGGCGACGGAAGGCAUCGCGUCUCGGACCAAGACCGUCGCGGGCCACAACCUGGACCCCACGCCAUGGCACCUUUUUCCCCCCGCGUCAAGCAGCAACUGCGCCCCCUCGCCGUCUUCCGCGGCACCCCACCAUGCCGAAGCCGCGGGGGCUUGCCCGUCCUUCUUCCGGUGGAUCCACCGCGACCUGCAGCCGUGGCGGCGGUCCCGCAUCUCGCCUGCGAUGGUGGCCGAGGUGGGCAGACACGCCGCGAUGCGCGUGGUGAUCUUGGAGGGGAAGCGCCUUUUCGUGGACCUUUACUACGCCUGCGUGCAGAGCAGGACCAUGUUCACCAUCUGGGGCCUGUUGCAUCUCCUGCGGAGGUACCCCGGUAUGGUCUCCGACGUCGACCUCAUGUUUGAUUCCAUGGACCGGCCCUCCGUUAAUCGCUCCGAGUACUGUCACGGCAACGGUGGCGCCGAUGGCCGUCAUUUGCCGCCACCGCCGCCGCUCUUCCGCUACUGCACCACCAGAGAUCAUCUUGACAUCCCCUUCCCGGACUGGUCCUUCUGGGGCUGGCCUGAAAUAAACAUUAAACCCUGGGAUGAAGAGUUUCAAAACAUCAAGCUCGGUUCUCAAAUGAAGUGGAGGAAAAGGGCAAGAACUGCAUACUGGAAAGGCAACCCUGAUGUUCAAUCACCCAUAAGAGAGGCAUUGUUCAGUUGCAAUGACUCUAAGACGUGGGGAGCACAAAUAAUAUGCCAAGACUGGGUAGAAGAAUCAAGAUCUGGUUUUAAAAAAUCUAGCCUCUCAAACCAGUGCAGACACCGCUAUAAGAUAUAUGCUGAGGGUUAUGCAUGGUUGGUGAUCUUGAAGUACAUCAUGGCAUGUGGAUCCCCGGCAUUGACCAUCAAACCGCAGUACGAGGACUUCUUCAGUCGUGGUCUUGUUCCGAAAGAAAAUUACUGGCCCAUCAGUCCCACUGACUUGUGCCAAUCUAUAAAGUUUGCAGUUGAAUGGGGAAAUCAGAAUCCAUCUAAGGCAGAAGCCAUAGGGAAGAGGGGGCAGGCAUUUAUGCAGGAGCUGGACAUGGAUCACGUAUACGAUUACAUGUACCACCUCAUUGUGGAGUACUCUAAAUUGCAGGAUUUCAAGCCAGCUCCUCCGUCGUUGGCUCAAGAGGUCUGCGUGGAGUCCAUUCUUUGUGUUGCAGACAAGCAGCAAGAUCUUCGCCUUCUUCCUCUUUGCCAUGCACUCUUUUUCCACCCAGCUAGCAACUGGUGUGUUUGCGAGACUGUAAAAUUGUAAAUAGAACUUGUAAUUGUGUCUUUAUUUUUCAUCUCACUCUGUUUUGUAGCUUUUGAAUCCCUGUUACUCUUCUUUUAGAUAGAGACAACAGCAAUCAAUCUAUAGUCCAUUGAGAAUAUCCAGUGGUUGAUAUAGGCCUUGUCGCAAGUAUGAGCG